CUGGGGACGAUAAGCAACGACGCUUACCUCUAUCUGACACUCACACACACUGUGUUACAAACACAAAGCUGUUUUACUGAGCUGGCUACACACGCUUAGACAUGAGUUUGCUGUGUGUCCUGUUUGUUGCCUCCGUCACAUGUCUUCAACACAGCUCUGCUGCAGACAAACCACACAUCGUCUUCAUCGUGGCAGAUGACCUUGGCUGGAACGACGUCGGCUGGAUCAACCCUGACAUCCAGACCCCGACACUUGACCGUCUCGCCCAUAGAGGCGUCAUCCUCAACUCUUCCUAUGUCCAGCCACUGUGUUCCCCCUCCAGAAACUGCUUCAUGUCAGGCAAGUUUCCCUACCACACAGGGCUCCAGGAUAACGUGAUCUUCAUAGAGCAACCCAAGUACAUGCCAGCGGACCUGACCACCAUCCCACAGAGGCUGAAGACCCUCGGGUAUGAUACCCACAUGGUCGGCAAAUGGCACCUAGGCUUCUGUAACCUGAAGUACACGCCCACCUACAGAGGCUUUGACACCUUCAUGGGCUACUAUGCAGGUAUGGAGGACUACUUCACACAUGUCAGGGACGAGGUGGCUGAUUACUAUGGUUAUGACUUCAGGAACAUGACAGAUGCUUACAAAGACGCUCAAGGGGAAUACUCCACAUACGUGUUUGCGAAGAGAGCCAUUGACAUCAUAAUGAAUCAUGACAAAUCUAAGCCGAUGUAUCUCUACCUGCCGUUCCAAGCUGUACAUGAACCACUGCAGGUACCGACCAAAUAUUCAAACCGAUACAGCCACAUUCAUGAUUUAAAUAGGAUGGUAUACAGUGGCAUGGUGAGUGCUUUGGACGAUGCUGUGUACAACAUCACCUCUGUCCUCGAGGACCUUGGAUUCAUGGACAACCUACUUCUUGUGUUUACAACAGACAACGGUGGGCCUCCUAGUCAAGGCGCAAAUAACUGGCCACUGAGGGGCGGGAAAGCCACACUUUGGGAGGGAGGCACCAGGGGAGCGGGUUUCGUCUACAGCAAGACUCUGCUGAAGAAGACAGGCUACACACAUCCUGGUCUGUUCCACGCCGUGGACUGGUAUCCCACGUUAAUGGACAUAGCGGGGGGAGACUCCAGCCAGCUGGACAUUGAUGGGUUGAGUCAGGUCGACAUGAUCCUCAAUGGAGGUGGCAGCGUCAGGAACCAAUUUGUCUACAACAUCUACGACGACCACUACGCCGCAGCACUCAGGUGGGGAGACCUGAAGUUGAUUGUUGGAGACCCUGGUUACUCAGGAUGGUACCCUCCGGCUGGGUCUGACUUAGACGUCCCCGUCAUGGACGACUCUCCCCUCCCCAACGUCAUGCUGUACAACAUCAGCGCCGACCCCACGGAGCACCAGGACAUCUCCAAGGACAACCCAAACCUCGUCAACUUCCUGCUGCAGAUGCUGGCCCUGAAGAAUGGGACUCGGGUGCCAGCAAUGGACCCACCCUCUGACCCUCGAUCUAACCCUGUCAACUUCAACGGUAUCUGGAGCCCCGGCUGGUGCUAAGCAUUGGUGGUGUAUCAUGCAGUGUGCCAGUCUACCUCCUUCACUGUGAGGAUCCUUUGUGAAUUCACAGCUAACUCAAACAAUCCUUCUUUAUCAUCAUUGUGCCAAUUCUGCAGAACAGUCUACUAUUACAGGUUUAACUAUAAGGACCAUUCGUCUUAACUUUUGAUUUUUAAUUAUUAUUUGUUUCAUAUUCAGAAGAAAUACAAGUCGACCCUAAGUUAUAAAACUGUGAGCAGGGAACGUGUCAGAGAGUCUUUGUACAAGACACCAAUCAUGGGAUGUUCUGAUAUCUGUAGGGGAGACAACUUAUACAAGAUGAAGCUAUGGUCUUUGCUUUCAUUAAAAACAUAUGACAUAUA